GGAUGACACUGGUCGACACAUCCGUGUCUAUUGCCAGGGUCAGUUCCUCGACGUUCGGCACUUACGUUGGACUAAACCGCGCUCGUAGAGCACGAAUCCAUCGUGAUCCAAGAGUUCAUCUACAGCAGCGACAAGUGGUCCCGUGGAGCGGCCCUGCCUGCCGCCCUGAGUGGGACCGGCAUCGCCGCACUCGCCUACAAUAUGGACGGCUGGCGCUUCCGCGUGUACUACCAGACGGAGGACCUCAUCCUGCGCGAGCACUGCCUCAAUGUCGGUGAGAACGACGAUGCCUGGUUCGCUGGAAACCUCAACGUCGGCAAGGCUCCUGGACGGACGCAUAUCGGCGCGCUGUGCGAGACUUGGCGCGGCGUCACGCUGAACGUGUUCUGGAUCGACCUCGCGUCGCAGAUCACUCGCGCCGUGCAGGUCAACAACACCUGGCACAUCUCGACGGUCGUUGGGAAUCUGCCUCGUACCGCUCGUUUUGCGCCCUCUCAAUGGGCAGGCGGCAAGCACAUCCGCCUGUACUACCAGUCUGACAAGUACACCGUGCUGGAGAUGUGCAACGACGACGGCGGGUCGCGCUGGACGCCAGGCGGUCAGAUCGCGCAGGAGUAGUCUCUUUUUUCUGCUUUGUAUCACUGUCGAUGGUCGGUUAGCUUUUCUUGGGCGAUGUGAUUGUGUUCCGUCGCAUAUGGCAUUAGAAGUAAACUAGAUUGUACAGUAUCAUUUGUCUCUGGUAAUGCAUUAUCUGCUUCUCGAUAAA